AUGGUUGCAGGAACGUCAUGGUGGAAUGCUUAUACGACUCGUAAACGACUAUUUCGUAGGCGAAAUCUUAAACGAGUUUUAUUGUUGUAUUUCAGUGAAGAAAAGUCCGGAUGGCUUAAUAAAUGGACAAACUAUUUAAAAGGAUAUCGACAAAGGUGGUUCGUUCUCGAUUCAAACGCUGUACUUAGUUAUUAUAGAAGUCCGAGUGAGGUAGGGCAGGCUUGUCGAGGAAGCAUCAAUCUUCAAGAAGCGCGUAUUCUGUCUGAUAAAAUAACCAGCAAUAUUGUCAUAUCGGCAUCAUCGCAGACUUUUCAUUUGAAAGCCGGCAAUGAUGUUGAAAGGCAAAAGUGGUUAAGUGCAUUGGAAUAUUCGCGUCAUAAAGCUAUAAAACGGGCAGAAAGCGAUGAAGACGAAGAUGCACAUGUCGGAACUGGAGAGUCUCGCAUUGCUGUUCUGCAGAAAACUCAUAAGGAAUUGCUACGGAAGCUCAACGAUUUGCAAACGACUUCUCGUAUACUAGCACUUCCGUUUGUGUAUAACAGAGAAAUGAGAAAUAAAUAUAUGCAGAUUACGACUAGCGCACUAUUAAAAGCAGCUGAAGAGUUUGUGGAACUCUCCGACCGAGGCUCCCGGCGGAUGGGUAAAGUGGUGGCCAGUGAACAACGUGAGAAGCUUGUAUUACAGGAACAGUUAGAGACACUAGCAAAGCAACAUUCGAGCUUAGAGAGAGCUGCUACUCUUGGUGACACUAACAAUUUCAACCCUCCUCUUUCUGCGUAUAGUGACAUGGAGGAAGAGUUCCAUGAUGCCGCUGAAGAGCUGAGUAUGAGUGGAUCUCGGUAA